CCAGCACUGGCCCGGCCUCCCUUUUCAUUCAAUUCACCGUGUCACCGCGAGGCUUCGCAGUCCGAUAAAUAAGGGCCGGUCGUAUCGCGAGAAUACGGCUCAGAGGAUUACAGGGAAGCGCUGACCUAAUCGUCGUCGCGAGGCGGGGCGAACCGCUGUAACUUUGGAUGAACUUCUGAUUUGAACAAACCGCGAGGCGGUCGGCGGAGUGCUCGGACAACAACCCAUUGAAAGGUGAAGAGCAGCGCAGGUUUUCCGCUACGAAGCUUUGACAGCCGGUUCACUUUACAGCAGUUACAGUCUGUAUAUGACGCUGACUGACCAGCGAGAGCGUUAUUUUUCCUCUCGAAAAGGUGGAAAUUAAUAAAGGUUUACUGGAAAGCAUUUAGGCUGUCUCAUCUGCACUUCACUGGUGUUGAAGAGAUACUGGGAUCAACAGUGCUUUGUGUUUUUUGUGAAACCACCUACUCUUCAAAGAGAGCUUCUUUUAACAAGUCCAGUUGCUGGGUUUAAGAUAGAACAAUUCCCUUUUAACUGGAUUCCAAUGCAGACUGCUUUUAAGAGUCUUCAACAGUAAAAGGUGGCCAUCAGCUCAUUUCUUUCAUCAAGCCUCACUACGGUAAAGCACCAAAUGUCGCUUAGCCUCUUGCAUCCCUUCACUCAGUGGCCGUUAUGUUGACCCGAAUCUAAUCUUAUUAGAACCCCAUCCUUACCUUUCCUUCCUACCCCCCACCCCACCCCCCUCAAACACCAUUUCUCGUCUCCGUCAUGACCAGUCUGAAGCGCUCUCAAACAGAGCGCUCAGUUGGGGGCUCGGUGUCAGCUUCCGAUGAGUUCUAUACUCGUCGCCUGCGACUGCCCAAUGGAGGGGCACCACCACCUCGCAGCGAGAGCGCCCACAUCUCCUCGUCUUCAACCACAGGCACCAACCCUGGUGUCCCAAAGAUGGGGGUUCGGGCUCGUGUGGCUGACUGGCCUCCAAGAAAAGAUGGAGGAGGGGGUGUUUGGCAUAUCACUGUGGAAACAGACUCACCUAGCUCUACCAACACCACCAGCUCUUCAGGAUCAGGAAGUGGCGAUAGAGAAAGACUUGAAAGAGGGGGAGGAGGAGGAGGAGGAGGAGGAGGUGGUGGUGGAGGUGGAGGUGGAGGAGGAGGAGGAGGAGGAAUUGGUAGUGGUGGCAGUGGUGGUAGCAGUAGCAGCGGAGGAGGAGGGGUAUCAGCCGUCACAGCCCAUAGCAAUCUGUCAGCCAAGCUGGGCCACUUGAUAAGCCCACAGGACUCAUCCAUGCUGCGCAACAUCCACAACACACUAAAGAGCAAGAUGCAAAGCAAGGGGAAGGACAAUCGCUUCCUGUCACCAGAUGGCUAUCUGGGUUCACCGCGCAAGGGCAUGAGACGCAUCCGUCAGCGCAGUAACAGUGAUAUAACUAUCAGUGAGUUGGACGGGGAUGGGAAUGAGGGCUGGUCGUUCUCUGGUUGGACACCCAUGCACCGUGAAUAUGGCAGCACUUCAUCUAUAGACAAACACGGUGUGUCAGGAGAGAGCUUCUUUGACAUGCUUAAGGGAUACCAGUCAUCUGAGGCCCCGGAUCAGAGAAGCCCGGCUCCAGAAAGGCUAACGGAACUCCUUACUGUUGCGCCCAUAAAACAGGCUGCUCUGGAUCUGCCAGAUGGACCUUUAGGUCCAGCCAGAGGUAGUCCUGCCAGUCGGCUGAAGGAACGAGAGAAGCACUUGAAAAGAAGGUCAAAGUCAGAAGCGGGUGGAGAGUCUAUCUUCCGUAAGCUGCGCAGUGUAAAGGUGGAGGGUGACACAUCAAGGGCUGGCUCAGAUGCUGAAGAUGGUGGGAAAGGGGAUGAAAGUGGACCACCUCCCAAACCCUGGGUGUGCCAAAAGGGCUUUGCCCAUUUUGAUGUUCAGUCUCUUCUCUUUGACCUCAAUGAGGCAAUCCAAAGUCGUCAAUCUGGGGCUAAACGGAAGAACACCACCACUGGUGCGUCAGCUGCAGCUGCUGCCUCUGCUUCUGCCUCAUCCUCCCUUUCAUCCAAUCAGAGUGGAGUGUAUGGGUCACCUUGCGGCUCUCAAGAAGAGCUAUGCAAGGAGGGGACAGGAGGAGGACAUGGUACCAACCCUGCCUUGGAUCCUGGUGAUGACAAGAGCAAUGAUUUGGUUCUCAGCUGUCCUUGUUUCAGGAAUGAGAUUGGUGGAGAGGGUGAAAGGAACAUAUCUCCUGCUAAACAGCAGGGAAGCAUAGGAAGUGGUGGGAGCUCAAGCAGUUCCUCUGGCAGUACAGAAGAAGGACCUUUGGAUGCCAUCCUCACUACCCAUUUUACCAAUGCCGGUGUGGCUGUGUUGGAGGCUGCCAAGGACGGGCCUAGUCAACAUGCCGACAGGUCCAAACGAUACAUUGUGGAGCAUGUUGACCUUGGUGCCUAUUACUACAGAAAGUACUUUUAUCUCAGAGAGCACUGGAAUUACCUGGGGGUAGAUGAGAAUCUGGGCCCUGUGGCAGUGAGUCUGAGAAGGGAAAAGUUGGAGGAACACAAAGACCAUGGACAGCAGUACAACUACAGGGUCAUCUUCAGAACGAGUGAGCUGAAUACCCUGCGGGGUUCCAUCCUGGAAGAUGCUGUACCCUCGACAUCCAAGCACGGUCUAGGUCGAGGCCUGCCCCUCAAAGAAGUGCUCGAAUAUCUCGUGCCUGAGCUCAAUGUUCACUGCUUACGCCUGGCACUCAACACACCUAAGGUCACUGAGCAGCUGAUGAAGCUGGACGAGCAGGGGCUGAGUUUUCAGCGCAAGGUAGGGGUGAUGUACUGCAUGGCAGGUCAGAGCAGCGAGGAGGAGAUGUACAACAACGAAGCAGCUGGCCCUGCACUGGAGGAGUUCCUCCAUCUGCUGGGAGAGAGGGUUCGACUUAAAGGCUUCACCAAGUAUCGGGCUCAGCUGGACACCAAGACUGAUUCGACUGGCACCCACUCAUUGUACACGACUUACAAGGAUUAUGAGAUCAUGUUCCAUGUGUCCACCAUGCUGCCCUACACGCCGAACAAUAAGCAACAGUUACUGCGGAAGCGUCAUAUUGGGAAUGAUAUCGUCACGAUUGUGUUCCAGGAACCCGGGGCGCUCCCUUUCACUCCUAAAAACAUCCGCUCACACUUUCAGCACGUCUUUGUGAUUGUACGAGCACACAACCCUUGCUCUGAAAACACCUCCUACAGUGUGGCUGUCACUCGCUCCAAAGACGUGCCCUCUUUUGGCCCCCCUAUCCCAGAGGGUGUGACGUUCCCCAAGUCAUCCGUGUUCCGGGACUUCCUGCUGGCCAAGGUCAUCAAUGCAGAAAAUGCUGCUCACAAAUCGCACAAGUUCCGAGCCAUGGCCACCCGAACACGGCAGGAGUAUCUGCGUGACCUGGCUGAGCGGCACACCACCAACACGCCUAUUGACCCCUCUGGAAAGUUCCCCUUCAUCUCGCUGGCCCACAAGAAGAAAGAGAAGACUCGGCCGUAUGAAGGGGCAGAGCUGCGCAGUCUUGGGGCAGUGACCUGGUCAGUCCAUGCUGAGGAUCAUGGGAGUGGAGGGGAACUGGAGGCCCUUCUGGCCAUUUCCAAUGACUUUCUAAUCCUGUUGGACCAGGAGGCCAAAGCUGUGGUAUUUAACUGUGCCACUAAGGAUGUGAUUGGCUGGACGCUUAGCAGCCCCGCGUCUUUGAAGAUUUUCUAUGAGCGGGGUGAAAGCGUGUCUCUGAGGAGUAUCAGUAACAAUACAGAAGACUUUAAAGAGGUGGUCAAACGUCUCGAGUUCCUGACUAAGGGUUGUGAGACAUCAGAGAUGACGCUUCGUCGAAAUGGCCUGGGGCAGCUCGGAUUCCAUGUGAACUAUGAAGGCAUUGUAGCUGAGGUGGAACCGUACGGCUACGCUUGGCAGGCAGGACUGCGUCAGGGAAGCCGUCUGGUAGAAAUCUGCAAGGUUGCUGUUGCAACUCUGACCCAUGAGCAGAUGAUUGACCUCCUGCGGACUUCAGUGUCAGUACGUGUUGCUAUCAUCCCGCCACAUGAUGAUGCCACUCCACGCAGGGGCUGUUCAGAGCUUUAUCGUGUGCCUGUGUCAGAGUACAAGGGCAGCAGCAGUGAUAGUGGUUCCUUUGAGUACAAGUUUCCCUUCCGCAGCAACAACAACAAGUGGCAGAGGACAUCGAGCAGCCCUCAGCAGUCACUGACUGCCUCACCACAGCCCCACACACCCAACCGGGCCAUCAGCCUCGGUAGCUCAGUGGGAAAGACGCUGUCAGCUGAGAGGCUGGAGAGGGGUGGUGUCAUCCCGCGGAGCGUUAGCAGCGACGGACGACCUCUAGACACCAAGAGGAUGUCUCCAGGCAGUGAGAGCUACAGCCUGGCCUCAUCCUUGGCAUUAGGCCGUUCCCCUCAUAACCGCAGCUCUCCCAGCAACCUGUCCUGUUCCAGCGACACCUCUGGAAGCUCUGCUCACUGGAGACAGAAGUCCAUGCCCGAGCAAUUCGCAAGCAGUCGCCAUUCUCCGAUGUCCACGGAGAGACGAGAGGUGGUUGGAGAGGGUGGGUCAGGUGGAAAGUCUACUUCCAAUUGGUCCAGAAUGGAUGAAGGGGGAGGAGCUGAACGAGGGUCAACAGAGGCCCCAGUCUCCAAAUCUGGUCAAGGAUACUCGGGAGCUCCUCGCAUCCAGAGGCAGGAGCAAGUCAUCCACCUCUCCCCAAAGAAGGGCAGCCAGUCGGAUGGCCCUUAUUCUGGGCACUCCAGCAGUAACACACUAUCCAGCACAACGUCCAGUGGGGGUCACAGUGAUAGCGACAAAUGGUACGAUAUGGGUACGGGUGGGGGCUCCAGUGGUGACCAGGGUGACCCAGAACCCAAUGGCUUGGGAGGAGGAGGCUAUCUCCAGGGAGCCUCGGCUGACAGCGGCAUCGACAGCGGCUCUUUUGGAGCCCCUCACCACGCCCACCCCCACUCUCAUCACGGCAGCACCAACUCGCUGCUAGCUCCCAGUGGAGGCAGAGAUAGCAGGGAGCGGUCAGCAUCUCCGUGGCACAGUCCAACUGAGGGAGGCCGAAGGAUGCUCGAGAGGUCACCUGCUGCUGCAGAGUCCCCCGGCCCUCCAGGAGAAAGAAGCAUGGAUGGAACAGGUCGAAGCCCACCUACUCAUCUCCUAGUUAGAGACAGCAGCACCUACAGUCUGAGUGACGCUGGAUCUCACUCAAGUGCUCGCCACUCAGGCCACAGCUCUCCCAGAGAGGAGUCAUCCUCCUCAGCAACCUCCCCUUCAUCUCAGUCUUCAGUGCCCCCUGGGCCCAAGAGCUUCUACCCACGCCAAGGAGCUCAAUCCAAGUACCUGAUUGGUUGGAGGAAGCCCGGCUCCACCAUCAAUUCUGUCGACUUUGGAGACACACGCAAGAAAUCUCCAGGAGAAAGUGGAGUAGAGGUGGUUCCAACCCCAGCAGCCAGGCCAUCUCUUAGAGACAUGCACUCGCCCCAGACUCACGCAAAAUCUACAAUGGAGGAAGAUGUGAAGAGACACGGUGCUCCAGACAGCCCACCACCACCACCACGAAAGCAUAAAGAAAAGCAUAGCCAGAAGUCACCGCCAGAGCAGCCUCUCAGCCGCCGCCGCUCGCUCCAUCGCACUCUAUCAGAUGAGAGCAUUUAUCGUGGCCAGCGCCUUCCCGCCCUGAGCGACACUGUUCCUGAACCAGCACUCGGCGCUGACGUUCUCUUUAGCUGCUCCACCCUUCCACGCUCGCCCACCACCCGCGGCGUGCCCCUCAGACGGCCUUCCUAUAAGCUGGGAGUCAAACUCCACGGUGACCUUUCGGCAUCUGACACAUCAUUGGUGGAUUUGGUGGAGCGUCAUCGUGGACCUCUCCCUCAGGAGCUCAUGCCCCUCCCCUCUUCAGACAGAGACAGUCCUCUUGAAUGGACACACCUGGUGGAUGUGGCCAAUACCUUUGAGAAUGAGAGAAACACACACUAUGUCCAGAGAAGUUUUGUUUUUGGGGAUUCAAACCACCGAAGUAGCGGCGCCUCAAGUCCACAGCAGCCCCACAUAGAGCUGAAGCCUGUUCCUCUGUCACGGCCCUCAUCCAGUGAGGGACACAUAGGGCUGGAGAGGAAGGUGACUAAGCUGGAGGCUAUGGUGAAGAUGCUCCAGGAGGACCUGAAGAAGGAGCGGGAAGAAAAAGUGCGGCUUCAGGCUCAGAUCAAGAGACUCUGGGAGGACAACCAGAGACUGCAGGAGGAGUCCCAGACCUCUGCUGCCAAGCUCAAGAAGUUCACCGAAUGGGUUUUCAACACCAUUGACAUGAACUGACUCCCACCUGCACAUUUUAAACCACACAUGCACGCACGCACAUGCACACAAAUGCAAACAUGAGCGCACACACUCUGGAAGAAGAGACAGAGGAGGAUCAACACAUGAGAAAAGCAGAGAUUGUUUUUGUUGGACUAAAUUAUCCUGAUGAUGAAUCCAUAAACCAUCUUCCAUUGGCUUCAGACAUCAGUAGGUAAUACUGUCGACCAAUCAGUCUCUCCACAGACGCUCUGUUAAACUUAGGAGGGUGACACUCAAGAAAAUGGGUGUAAUUCUCACAUGAGAGUUGUUGAAUUUCUUUCUCUCAUGUGACAAAACCUUUUUUUCUUUUUUUUUUUUCUUUUUUAAAUUGCCAACAAGGAGAAAGCACUUCACACCCUCCACCUUCUAAAGAAGUCAACUUUGCCUCUUGCGCUUAUUCCAGAGGUGCACAUAAAGAAGCACUGCCUCCUUUUUGCAGAGUUUGUUAAAAUAGAUGUGCUUCUCUUUUUAGGACUUAUUUUCUUCCCCAAUAACUUUUUUUUUUUUAAAUGAUGCCCAGCUGCUCUAAAAGUCCUUUAUGCCAAAUCACACCUGUCACAGCCGGGGUGGGCUUGCAGAGCUGCCUAGUUGACUUAAAAAAGUGUCUCAAAAGCCACGCAAAGUCAGACAUCAAUCUGUCAGUCCAGCUGCUGGAACACAAAUGACCCCACACACACAAUAAAUCUGAAACCACAAUACCGGAGGACAUGCGAGAGGUUUUCAUUUCUUUCACACCUGCGUUUCCUCUGCUCAAAGGCUGAAACCACCGAACAGUCACUCUGGCUGUUUGACCGCAGCCACCCACACGGAAACAGGUCGAUCUGCUUCAGCACAGGAGGGAUUUGUACAGUUUCUUUUAUUUCUCUCUCUCUCUUUUUCUUCUGUGUCAGUCAAAUCUGGAUUACAACAUCCUUUCUGUCUUGACAGCACAAACCUAACAAAGGAGUAUAUUUAAAAGCCAUCGGCAAGUGGUGCCACUUAAAAAACAAACAAACAAAAAAAUAACCCAGGACUGAUCCAUAGUGCUUUGGUCCAUCCCAACUAUAUGUGUCUUAAAAGCAAUAGGAAGAAGUCGGACUCUCUUAGAAGAUGCUUGAAGUGGGGAAAAAGAUGAUUUGGAGCUUACAAGGCUCUCAAUUUGUGCUACACAAGAGUCGUUAUCCUUUUCCACUGAACUCUGAGGGGGAAAAGGAAGGUGAGAACUCUAAAUGUCAUCCCACCGUCUGGAGAGACAGCUGAUAAAGUGGCAGAGACAUUAAUGAGAUGGAAAAGUGUUUUUUUUUUUUCUUCUUCUUCUUCCCCCCCAGAUUUAUUUAUUUCCUUGUAUUAUAACUCCAAUCAAUACGUUGUUCUAUUGGUAUAGUACAACUGACAUCAGUGUUUAGUUCCUCAAGACAAACUGUCACUAGCUAUAUUAUUUAAAUGGCUUUCUUUCUUAAUUCUGGCUAAAGCCUGACUAUAUGGUUUUUAUUCUGUAUUCUGUUGUAUUUUGUGGUGCCCAAGCCUGCUGUCGUGUUGCUUACAGUGCCCUCUAGUGGUGACCAGUGGAACUGUCAAGAUUUGUAAAUGUGCUGCCAGUCAUUCUGUAUUUUUCUAACGCCUCUUCAGUAAUCAGUCACACAUCAACCAGGAGGCCACACAAACAGGACAGGAAGAAUAAUCAGAAGCCAGCCUUGAGAGACAAUCACAGGUGUAUUUUUGAUAAAAAACAAAACAAAAAACAAGGAGCAGACCUAAGCGGGGGGGUAUGCACGUGUGUGUGUGUGUGUGUCUGUGGAUGUUGUCUGUGCAGAGCAUCUAUAGUUUUCCUCAGGUUCAGUUUAUGUUGGGAACAUGAGGAUAUUUUAAGAGAAUCAACAGAAAUUACAUAUGUGGAUAUCUAUUAGGAGGGAGCGUGUGUGUGUGUGUGUGUGUGUGUGUGUGUGUGUGUGUUGUCAUUGUGUGACUGUACAUCAGUCAAUCCAGCCGUGCCUACAGUCACUUAUCUCGGUCAUUUAUUCCCAGGCAGAGCAGGGACAUGCCUUUGAAACGGCACCUGGGGAACAGAUAAAAGCGAAAGGCUCUUCUUCUUCAUCCUGAAAGAUAAGCACACCUGGUACAGUAACACACACGUACUCGCCAGAUACCAUUUUAAUUUGAGUUCAUACUCACAGUUGUCAUCUUGGCUGCGAGGCUUCAUCCUUUCAUUUGCUCAGAUGCGUAUUUCUCCUCUUCACAAUCAGUCAGACCAGCCUCCCAACGCAGUGACGAGAGUGUGUGUGUGUGUGCGUGGAAGUCUGUCUGCAUGUGUGCCUUUUGCAUUCAAUUACUUGAGCCACUGGCCCCUGUAAUACAAGUGUGCCGGAAGAUAAUUUUUUCCUCACAUCACAAAGCUGCUUACAACACAAGCAAGAGCCACAGGAAGUUAUUUUCUCAGCCAGGUGUUUGAUACGACAACCGGGGUGUUGAGGUCGAAGCCUAAGCAUGUCCAUUAAAACUGUUGUGUCGCGGUAAGGGUGUAAGCCUUAAUCCCCCGUGCUAAAGUUUUUGACUCUUUGAGUAAAUUUGCAUCUUAAAUUGAUGCAGUUUAGACGCCCUGCAGCGUACAGCACAAAUCAACUCCCAGUCUGAAUGUAAAGGGAAUCUAAAUGAGCCUAAAGAAAUAUGUUUACUAUAACCGAUAUGCUCAUUAAGCUCUGCGGUUUUGCAGAGACACGAGUGGACUGUUAGCAAAAGUUUUGGUUCUGUUUUAAGAAUCUCUCGUCAGUCUGCAUGGACGACAAUUACACCAGUAGAUGGUCAAUAGCAGAUUCGAUCUUUUUAACAGUUUUUCAAGCUGGCCAGUUCUGAAAACGAGUCAUCCACUAAUGUGAAAUCCUUGAAAUAUUCCCAAAAGAGUCCUCGGGCCACAAAUGGCCCCUAUCCAUAAAGUGUUGCGUGUAAAUUAUUUACCAUGUACACUGGUUUUCUGUCCAAAACUAUAUUGAUGCCUAAAUGAUGACUAAAUUAACUAACAGCAAUGUUUUGUAUUUUAUUGUACAAGGAAAGUGGUCAUGUUUUUUCUUUUGUUUUUGUUUUUUAAAUGAAGUAUGGCCAAAUGACAAAAUGUGCAGUGCAGAUGUUUUGCUUGCAUCUUUCAGAGUGUGCAUCGAGUUGGAUGUUCAGUUUAUACAAAGUCAAAAACAUAAGCCAGUCCAGUUUUAUAGUUGUUUGUUACCUUGCAGUGUAUAUGGGUUUUCUUUCCUCAGUGUUGUUUUUGCUGCUUGACAGAAGGAUAUCAGAAAUUUGAAUGUUCAGACGUUCCAUUUUGCAAUAUCUUAUUUUUUUGUUUUGAGAUUCUUUGCACAACAACGUUCUACAUAAAAAGGAUUGUGUUCACAGGUUUUGGAUACUAGAAGGGCGAAUCGAUCCAUUCCUGUGCGACCUUGUCUAGAUGUUGCUCUGUAGGUUUCCCUGCCAAUGCAGCUCCUGACAAACAGGUGCUUUAACUUUUAUUCACUUCAACAACAACAAAAAAAUGUGAACCUUUUUCCUCAAGCAUCACUGAUCAGAUGAGAGGAGGUUGUAUGUUGUGUAAACUGUAAGGAUGCUGGGUUUUCAGUGAUUGAAGCAGGGGAUGAAGGUUUCACAGAGCUCAGAGACGCAGCCUGCACUGCUGUGUCUUCAUCUGUUUUGUUUCCUCCUGCUGGAAGAACAAAUGAAACAGUGAGGCGAUCUGACAGGAGAUAAAGCACACUAUUUUAAGAGAACCAUACGUUUUAAGCAAUUGAAAAUACGGUUUACAUCUCAGAUCCAUUGUCUUUGUAAAAUGUAAAGGUAUGAAUAAGACAUUUGCAGUGAUCACAGUAUUCAAGUU